GGGGAAUUCAGUUUUGAAAACGACCAAUUAAUUGAAGGUGGUGUUCUGGAUGGCCUACACAACGGAAUCCGUUAUCGGGAAGUGCGCCAAUAUCGCACCCGUUAUCACCUCGUCCGCUUCUACUUCCUGACGCGGAUCUACUCGGAAUAUUUUGAAAGCAUCCUGAAAGAUUUCCGGGUUGGCCCACAGCCAGAUGUUUUGAUCCUCAAUUCUUGCGUUUGGGAUGUUUCCAGAUAUGGCCCGUCUUCCAUGAUGGAAUACCGCAGAAAUUUGGAGAUAGCCUUCAACAAGUUGGACGCUGACCUCCCACCUUCCUGUUUGGUCAUCUGGAACAUGACCAUGCCUCUAGGCCCCAGGAUCAAAGGUGGCUUCCUUAUACCAGAG